AUGGCUGGAGGCGGCGGUGGUGCAUCUGGCUUCGAUGCCGCGCUUCAAAGGCGUCAGGCCCUGAUGGGCGCCAGUGGUCCUAGGGCUCUUGUGAAGAACGGCAAGGUCUUCCUGAUCGCCUUGUUUGCCUGUCUCGGAGGUGUAUUGUACGGAUACAACCAGGGCAUGUUCAGUGGAAUUCUAGCUAUGCCGUCUUUCGGAGCACAAACCGACGGCUACGUUGACAAUCCAACCCAGAAGGGAUGGCUGACCGCUAUCCUGGAACUCGGAGCCUGGUUUGGAGCCGUCAUGUCCGGUUUCGUUGCUGAGGCAAUGUCGCGCAAGUACGGCAUCUUGAUCGCUACUGCAAUCUUCAUCAUUGGUGUUGUGGUCCAGAUUACUGCAAUUUCUGGUGGUCACGAGGAGAUUCUGGCUGGUCGCUUCAUCACUGGUAUCGGAGUCGGUGGUCUUUCCGUCAUCGUCCCUAUGUACAACAGUGAAUGUGCACCUCCUGAGGUCCGUGGUGCUUUGGUUGCACUGCAACAACUUGCCAUCACAUUCGGCAUCAUGAUUAGUUUCUGGAUCAACUACGGAACCAACUACAUCGGAGGUACUACUCUCGAGACCCAAUCUAACGCCGCAUGGCUCGUGCCCAUCUGCCUUCAGCUCGUUCCAGCAUUCGUCCUUAUCAUCGGAAUGGUCUGGAUGCCGUUCUCCCCACGUUGGCUGGUACACCAUGGACGCGAAGAAGAAGCGAGGAGCAACCUGGCCUCUCUCCGCAACCUCCCCGCUGACCAUGAGCUCAUCGAGUUGGAAUUCUUGGAAAUCAAGGCCCAGUCCAUGUUCGAGAAGCGCAGUGUUGCUGAAGCUUUCCCGCAUCUUCGCGAGCAGACUACUAUGAACAUCUUCAAGCUCCAGUUUGUUGCCAUUGCUUCGCUAUUCAAGACGAAGGCUAUGUUCAAGAGGGUUAUCGUCGCGACUGUCACUAUGUUCUUCCAGCAGUGGACUGGUAUCAACGCCGUUCUCUACUACGCGCCUCAAAUCUUCGAGCAAAUCGGUCUCGAAGGAACCACGCAAUCCCUCCUCGCGACAGGCGUCGUCGGCAUCGUCAUGUUCCUCGCCACCAUCCCCGCAGUCCUUUACAUUGACAAGCUCGGCCGUAAACCCGUGCUCGCUGUCGGAGCCCUCGGCAUGGCCUUCUCCCACUUCGUCAUCGCCGUCAUUCUCGCGAAGAACUAUGAAAACUUUGGGAACCAUCGUGCGGCGGGAUGGGCAGCCGUUGUGAUGGUCUGGUUGUUCGUCAUCCACUUCGGUUACUCUUGGGGUCCUUGUGCUUGGAUUUUGAUCGCCGAAAUCUGGCCCCUGUCCACGCGCCCCUACGGUACAGCCCUCGGCGGCUCCUCCAACUGGAUGAACAACUUCAUCAUCGGACAAAUUACGCCCGAGCUGCUCGAAAACAUCACCUGGGGUACAUACGUCCUCUUCGGGCUCGUAACCACGCUUGGAGCAGCUUUCAUUUGGUUCUUCGUUCCUGAAACCAAGCGCCUGACGCUCGAGGAGAUGGACACUAUCUUUGGUAGUGAGGGAGCGGCGCUGAAGGAUCAGGAGCGCAUGGCGGAGAUUAACCAAGAGAUUGGUCUUGCGGCGUAUCUGCAUGGUGAUGCGUCGAGUGGGAAUGAGACGAAUGUUGUUGGGAAUGAGAAGGGUAUUGUGUAA